CAAUCAGAAUAGUACUGAAUUUAAAGUGAUAUUUACCGUUUUGAACAAAACAGUUUACGUGUUAAGUGUAUGUGUUUGAAUGUUUGCCGGAAAGGAAAAUCUUUUCUGUAGCGUUGUAGUAAUUAUUCUGUUUCUUAGCAUUUGAAGUGUGUUUAAUGGUGAGGAUAAAUUUAGGUGAAAGACGCGAACACAUGUUUCUACAUUAACGCGAACUUUUAAUCCCAGUAGUGAAAUUCCCAUAUAGAUUCUCUGUUGAAAUUUACUGGAUAAUUUUAAGAAAUUUAUAUCAUGUAUGGGCAGUACGGUCAAUGUGGACUGCUCAGUGUGUACGAUGGAGAUUCCAGUAAUUCAGGAUCAUUAUCUUUUCCUGGAGCUACUUCAAAUCGGAAGAAGAAAAGAGGGUCGUUAUUGGGGAGAAUGGGAAGGACAACUCCGCCUGUUCGUGUAUUACCAUUAUUGAAAGCUUUGAAGGAUAUGGGAAAAGAUGAAAGAAAUUAUAAUACUCAUGAUGCAGAUGACAUGCCUUUUAUGUCGCUGCACAGUGAUCUGUCUCAUGAUGGAGACGAUGGAGCAACACCCAAGAAUAAUAGCUUUCUAUACUAUUCAGAUAAAAAAAAUAUGGAUUCAGAAAGCCAGCUUUGUUCUAAUGCAGGAGUACAACUUAAUUGGGAGAUGACUGACAGAUCAAUAAUUAUGGAAGAAACACAAAUCUCUAAUCAAUUUCAACAUUAUAAUCACCAUCAAAUGUGGUCUGAAGAAUAUGAGAAUAUAGUCCCUGAGUCUCAGGCAGUAGACCAAACUAGUGAGGCAUAUAAAACAUAUAAACAUAUUAAUAAUCCAGAUAAAGGUUCUGUUAUUUCUGGGAGGGAAGUUUCUGCACAUAGCGAAUAUCCAUGUUCUAACAUUGUUUCAACUAAUCUACAAGAGGAAAGGAUCGUUAACACUUAUGAUUCUGGGAACAGUCAGGAUACACUCUUGGGUCAGAAGGCUAAAACUGUGGAGUUGUUUCAAGAGGAAGUUCAUGGCUGUGAUAGUAAACCUGAUAAGGACUUUCUUCCUUCUCAAAGUAGAGAUCCUAUAUACAGUGAAUAUCCAUGUGCAAGCUCGCUUUCUACAAACAGACAGCAAGAAAUUAUUUUUAAUAAUUGUGAAUCAAGUAAUAAUGUGGAUAUAUGUUUGGGUCAAGAGGUUAAGAAAGCGGAGGCAUUUCAUGAGGAAGUUCAUAACUCUUCAGCAUUGUGUGUGAAGAAAGAGUAUGAGAAAAUGCAUAUGGGACCAACUGUAAUGUGCAGUUCUGUAAAGGCAAACAGGGGAAUUGUACUUCGUAAUAUAAUAAACCAUAAGGACGUUUUAAACACACGGAUGAAUUCUGUAGAUGUAAGAGGAAAUUCAAAAAUUAUACCGGCAAGUGAUGAAAAUCUAAAACAAAUGGAUAUAAAGUAUGUAACCAACAAAGAAAAUGAGAUAGGUUUGUUUGCAUCAAAAACAGAUGCAUUUAAUGUAACCCCUGCAAGAAACAAUCCAUUGGUCAAUAAAAAUCCUAUAUUUGGCUCUAAUCCAGUACUUUUAAGUAAAGAAAGAGGUUUUGAGAUGUCUGCAAGGAAAGAUAUUUCAAUGCAGAAGCAGUUUGAUGACAGAGUAGAAAGUUAUACUCCAUUUUGUAACGUAAAUACUGUGGAAAAUACUCCUCUAUUGGAUAGCAUAGAACAAGUAAAAAGAAAGGUUCAGGAGGAUGAUAGAAAUUUUAAAUUAAAUUGUGUUGGAUUCAUUACAAACAAACAAAAUUUUCAGUUGCCUGCAAGGAAAGAUAUUACUCCUGAGAAUCAAAUACUUCACUCAGUGGCUGGUAGAGCACUCAGUAAGAUAAAUGCUAUGGAAAAUGCCACUAAACUUGAUGUAAUACCAGAAGAACAAGCGCAUCAAAUAGAAGAAGUAUGUAGCCACUCAGGCUCUUUAAAUAAGUCAAGUUCAAAAACUGUGCAGGAAUAUUUAACUGAGAGUAAGAAAGAGCUCUCUGUGAUAUCUGCUCAGGGGAACAAUUCUGUAGGAAAAUCAUUUGCUGCAUAUGAAGAUUCAAAAAUGCAGCAGCCUGUGCAGUCUAAGUCUCGCUUUGAGCUUGUAUAUAAACAAGAUCAGAACAUGGCUCUUAAAUCAGCACAGAGUCAGGAUAACUAUAUAACUGUGAAUGGGAAAAGUUACAAAGUUCAGAAAAUCCUUGGAAAAGGUGGUUCUAGUCAAGUGUUUGACGUGCUGGAUCCCAACACUAGACAGGAAUUGGCUAUGAAGUGUGUAAAUCUAUCAGUAGCUGAGCCUUCAAUUGCACAGGGUUAUCUCAACGAAAUUGCAUUGUUGAGAAGAUUGCAAGGCAGUGACACGGUAAUCUGUAUGACUGACUUUGAGUAUGAGGAAGAGAAACAGAUGCUGUAUGUAGUCAUGGAGAAGGGGGAAACUGAUCUCUCCAGGUUAAUCAAGAACAUUUCAAAGACCAACCAAAUACCUAUAAUAACAGUUUUAUAUUACUGGAAUGAAAUGCUGAGAGCUGUAAAAAAUAUCCAUGCAAAUGGUAUAAUACACUCCGAUUUAAAGCCUGCCAACUUUCUUCUUGUGAGUGGACGCAUGAAACUUAUUGAUUUUGGCAUCGCAUCAUCAGUUCAGAGUGACAUGACAAGUGUUAUCAAGGAUGCACAAGCCGGAACCUUCAAUUACAUGAGCCCAGAAGCAAUUCAGGCUACGCACAGUACAAAUGGGAACCAGUCUGGAUUUAAGAUCAGUUACAAAUCAGACAUCUGGUCCUUAGGUUGCAUUCUGUACAAUCUACUGUAUGGAAAAACGCCAUUUCAACAUAUUGUCCAGCCAUGGGCCAAAGCUGCUGCCAUUACAAACCCAAGUCAUACUGUCGAGUAUCCCAAUACUCGCAAUGAUUGUCCGCCAUUAUUACUCGAAAUUGUGCAACUGUGCUUGAGUUAUGACCCAAAGAAGAGACCCACCGCAGCACAACUACUGGAAUUGCCUUAUGUUAACUAUGCUCAUAUAAAAAUUUUAUAAAUAUAUUUGCACUAAAAAAAAGCUCCCUUGUAAUUGGUAAACACAUUAAUAAUUUAGAAUUAAAUCAUUUGGAAAGCUUGGCAUUUGGUAUGGUAAUGCUUAUUGUUUGACCACCACAUGGUCAAGUGAUCUGAAUAGUUCAGGUUCAGUGUGCACAAGAUUAUAGCUUAUGCAUGCAUAAGUGGGAAUUUUGUGAUUGAUUGAAAGCCAGUAUUAGCUUUUCAUCCCUCAGCAUUGCUUUUGUCAGAAAUGUGUUGUUUUAUUUAGGCAUCUUUCUACGUGGCAAAAUGAGAUUUUAUGUAAGAUACACAGGUAAAGAAUUCUUAAUGGUAUUUAUGUGCAUGUUUAUGAUGUAAUAAAUAAAAGUUUGUAUCUAUAUAUAAAACUGUAUAAGCAUUUUCCACUGAUGGAAAAUUGAAAGGGAACAAAAGCAUGUUGAACUAUACAGUCACUAAGUUAAAAGCUAAUAUCACCCUGAUGUCAAUCAAAAUAAAGUUCUGCAAUCAGGUUUACAGAAACUACAAAAUUACACUGUAAUGUUAACCUUGCAUUUAUAUUUCUCAUUGUGAAAGACUAGAGUUUAUUUGUUUAUAGACCAGCUGUUGUAGCAACACAUUUUCAAGUGUUGACAAUUAUAGCAACUAGUUCAGCGACAUUGAAAUAACACUAUUCUAGAAGCAUGUAGUAGCUCAUGACAAGCAGACAUUUACUGUAUUUAUGUAUUACUUGACAAUAUUGUAUGUGUAAUUAGUAUUUAACACCAAAAGCAACUUAGGUUACAAAGAAUUAGAAGAGUCUUUUAUAAGCGGAAAUCUAGUAAAUGUCCAUAUAAAUCAGUUCACUGGAA